AUGUGGAAAACACCCGGGAGGUUUUCCCUGACUGGUAGAUGGUGCUGCUUCCCCCAGGACCCGCUUGAGGACCUGGACGCCUGGACCGAGUCGGUGGACAAAGUCCUGGCCUGUAAAACCGGUCAGGCGGCCUUCAGGGACUUCCUGAGGUCGGAGCACAGCGAGGAGAACCUGCAGUUCUGGCUGGCAUGCGAGGACUACAAGAAGAUCAAGUCCGUCCCGGAGAUGAUCACCUGUGCCAACAGGAUCUACUCGGAGUUUGUCCAGACCGAAGCACCCAGACAGAUCAACAUUGACUGUCACACCAGGGAGAAGAUCAGCAGCAACAUCUGUCAGCCCAGCCUCACUUCCUUUGACGCCGCACAGAAGCUCAUCUACUGCCUGAUGAGCAGAGACUGCUACCCUCGCUUCCUCACCUCGGACAUCUACGCAGCUCUGCUCAGGAGAAGUGAGGCCACUCACUGCUGGAGUCUGGCGUGUAAGGACGCGCCGGGCCCCCGACUCGCGCACCACCUUCGUCCCGAGCCUUUCCAAGCCGACCUAGAGCCGGUCGCGACGCACCGCUUGGGGGAAAUGCGACUGACGGGGGACAGCCAGCAAGGGCGAGGGUCCCCGAAAAGGAUCCCCGCCACCGAGCGGCCGUCCGAAACCCGCCCAGACUGCGCGGACCCCGCCCGUUUACCUCUCAACGGUUUCACGCCCUGUUGA